AUGACUUCACGGGCUAUAUGCGGUGGCGCUCGCGCCUCUCGCAAGUGUCCGAGUUUGGGAUCGACGAGUCUAGGCGUGAGCUUGCUAUGCGCUGAUCUGACCGCGACGUCCGGGAGACUUGGGGUGACUCCAGCUAUAUGGAGAUCCGAGCGUAGGUCUUUUUCGCAGACUAGCGUGGUUCUCGAGGAGCGAGACAACGCGAAGAGGAAGGACCAAGUUUCCCCCGAAACAUCUUCAAAACCAAACACUGAGGAGCCUAGAGGAAUCCGGAAAGUUAUUCCCAAAGUAAUACCCGCGUUGACGCAGCACGAGAACAUCUACACAGUUCCGAACCUGCUGACGUUUUCGCGUCUUAUCGCCGCGCCUUUCAUCGGCUACGCUAUUGUGCACGAUGCGCAUACUUUAGCUCUGGGCCUUUUUGCUUACGCGGGCUUCUCGGAUCUCUUGGAUGGCUGGAUCGCUCGCAGAUGGAAGCUCCAGACUGUCGUUGGGAGUGUGGUAGAUCCUAUGGCGGAUAAGAUGCUCAUGACGGUGUUGACUGUGUGUCUUGCUUACAAGGGGGCGCUGCCUGCAUGGCUAGCCGUCAUAAUACUCGGGCGUGAUGUCGGCCUGGCCAUCACCGCCAUUUACUACCGGUGGAUAUCUCUCCCACCACCGAAGACCUUCACACGCUACUGGGACUUCUCACUACCGUCGGCCGAGGUUCGUCCUACUACUAUUAGCAAGUACAACACAUUCUUGCAGCUAGGGCUGAUGGGAGCUACAAUGGUGACGCCUAUUUUAACCGCAGAUGUCGGAAUGGCCAUGACGGCGUUUCAGUACUUGGUUGCGACUACAACUGUUUGGAGCGGUCUGAGCUAUGUGUUCAGUAAGGAUGCGGUCAGGAUCUUGUCUGAGAAUAAAGGCAAAUCCAAAGCCUGGAGGCCUCGGGGCUUAAGCCGGCCCAAUAGUGUGAUUCGAAGACCUUUAACCUCAUUAGGUCUUCAUCGGAGUAAUUUCGCCACUGUCGCUCAAGACGCGAGACCAUUUGAUGUUAUAGUAGUUGGUGGGGGUCAUGCGGGAACAGAAGCAUCUGCUGCAGCUGCUCGAAGCGGUGCGCGAACGGCCCUGGUUACACCUAAACUUGACAACCUUGGCGUCUGCUCGUGUAAUCCUAGUUUUGGCGGAAUCGGAAAGGGAACGAUAAUACGUGAGGUUGAUGCGCUGGAUGGAGUUUCUGGACGUAUCAUCGAUAAAGCUGGCGUCCAGUUCAAAAUCUUGAACCGGAAGAAAGGUCCGGCUGUGUGGGGACCGCGAGCUCAGAUUGACCGAGCGCUGUAUAAAAAGCACAUGCGUGAAGAGCUCCAGUCGUAUCCGAAUCUAUCUAUCAUAACGGGAAGUGUAUCGGAUAUUGUUCUAGGCGAAAGCGCAGAGCCUACCAGCGGUUCACCCAAGAAUAAAAUCACCGGCGUACGCCUCGAGUCCGGCGAGGUAUUACCUACCAAUGCCGUUGUUAUUACUACCGGAACUUUCCUAGGUGGAGAAAUACAUAUCGGACUGGACGUCUACCCAUCGGGGCGGAUGGGCGAAAAGGCCACGUUUGGUCUUAGUAAAUCUCUAAGAGAUGCCGGUUUUAAGCUUGGUAGACUAAAGACCGGUACGCCUCCUCGUUUACAUAAAGGAAGUAUCAACUUCGAUAUUUUAGAAGAACAGCGAGGAGACGAUCCACCGGAACCGUUCAGUUACCUCGAUGAUAGGGUAUCGGUGCAAGACCAGCUUCUCUGCUGGGCCACUUAUACAAAUGACAAAUCCCAUGACAUCGCACGCGCUAACUUAGACAAGACGGUUCACAUCCGCGAGACAGUGAGGGGUCCACGGUAUUGUCCAUCGCUGGAGUCUAAGGUCAUCAAAUUCGGCCAUAAAGAGAGACAUAUCGUCUGGCUAGAGCCGGAGGGCUUCAAUAAUGAUACUAUCUACCCAAAUGGUCUGUCAAUGACAAUCCCCGCCGAGGCACAGGAGCAAUUACUACGUACGAUCCGCGGACUUGAAAACGUUCAGAUGACUCAGGCUGGCUACGGUGUCGAGUAUGAUUACGUAGACCCGCGCGGUCUCAGGUCGACCCUCGAAACCAAAGCUAUCUCAGGUCUCUUCCUCGCGGGUCAAAUCAACGGCACUACGGGCUAUGAGGAGGCGGCUGGCCAAGGCGUUAUCGCAGGUAUUAAUGCAGGGCGCACGGCUCAGGGGUUAGAACCGGUCUCAAUUACGCGCGCUGACGGAUACAUCGGCAUCAUGAUUGAUGAUCUGAUCACUAAAGGCGUAUCUGAGCCGUACCGCAUGUUCACAAGCCGCAGCGAGUACCGCAUGAGCACACGCGCCGACAAUGCGGAUCUUCGACUCACAGCCAAGGGCCGCGAAUGGGGCGUCGUAACAGAUACCCGAUGGUCCCGGCACACGGACGAGAAAGCGCAAAUAGACGACCUGACGCGUGCUCUGGAACAAUACGCACUCACCGCGCCAGCAUGGAACGCAGCCGGCUUCGCCAACCGCAACGAUAGCAAAAAGCGCAAUGCGCUAGAUAUCCUAUGCCUUCCAGGUGUUUCGAUUGGAGAUCUUGCAGCACAAGUUCCGGAGAUUCUACGACACGGCGAGAGAGUUCGCACGCGCGUGGAGAUCGAGGCGCGCUAUGCCCCAUACGUCCAUAUACAAGCAGCUGAACGUGCGGCGUUCUUGCGCGACGAGGGCCUUCGGCUACCGGCAGAUUUAGACUACGACUCUGUGGCGGGGUUAAGCACGCAUGAGAGAGCGGCGUUGAACGAAGCAAAGCCCGAGAGCGUCGGUCAGGCUAGGCGGAUUGAGGGUAUGACGCCUGCAGGCUGUGUGCGGCUGCUUGCUUUUGCACAGAAGAGGAAGGAGUUUGCGUAUGCGAGUAGCGGUGUGGUUACGGAUGAGGGUGUGGUGGAGGCGGUAGUAGCGGAUAUGGCGCCACUAGGGGGCGAAGUUGAUACUCUAGAUGCGGAGGCGCGCAGGCGGGAACUGUAA